UUGACUCUUCUCGUUAUCGCCUUUAAUCCAACUUCACUCUGAACAGAAAAUGGCUACACUCUUGAGUCUCUCGUCCUCCACUUUCGUUCCUCUUUUAAAACCCCUUGAACCCUUCUCUUCUUUUACCAAGACCCGCACUCUCCUCGUCAAAAGAUCCUUUUCUAUAUCUUCCUCUCUCCAACAAUCAACAGCGCCAUCGAUAGCACUGCAAACCUUCUGGCAAUGGUUGAGUGACCAAGGCGUUGUAUUAACCAAGUUCCCUGCUAGGCCCGGUGUUGUCCCUGAAGGACUGGGGCUGAUAGCAGAGCGAGACAUUGCAAAAAAAGAGGUGGUUUUGGAGAUCCCCAAGAAACUUUGGAUAAACCCAGAUGCAGUUGCAGCAUCUGAUAUUGGAAGUGUUUGUAGUGGAUUGAAGCCUUGGGUCUCUGUGGCUCUUUUCUUGAUCAGAGAGAAAUCGAAGGAGGAUUCUACGUGGCGGCCUUAUUUGGGUAUACUUCCUGAGAGUACUAAUUCCACGAUAUAUUGGUCAGAAGAAGAGCUCACUGAACUUCAAGGAUCCCAACUGCUGCGCACAACACUGGGUGUAAAGGAAUUUUUGCAGCGGGAAUUUCUGAAAGUAGAAGAAGAAGUCCUUGUUCCUCAUAAGGAGCUCUUUCCUUCCCCUGUAACAUUGGAUGACUUCUUUUGGGCAUUUGGGAUUCUCAGAUCAAGGGCAUUUUCUCGUCUUCGUGGGCAAAAUCUUGUUCUGAUUCCCCUUGCAGAUCUGGUCAAUCACAGUCCUGAUAUAACAACAGAAUACUACGCAUAUGAGAUUAAAGGAGGUGGUCUUUUCUCCAGAGAUAUUCUGUUUUCUUUGCGGUCACCCAUUUCAGUCAAGGCUGGUGAGCAGAUUCUGAUCCAGUAUGAUUUAAAUAAGAGCAAUGCUGAGUUGGCUCUGGACUAUGGCUUCAUAGAAAGAAAGUCUGUCCGCAAUGUGUAUACCUUGACACUUCAGAUAUCUGAGUCAGACCCAUUUUUUGGAGACAAGCUGGAUAUUGCUGAAACAAAUGGUUUGGGUGAGAAUGUGGAUUUUGACAUUGUUUUAGGCAAUGCUCUUCCACCAGCAAUGCUUUCAUACUUGCGACUGGUAGCACUUGGUGGCACUGAUGCUUUCCUCUUAGAAUCUAUUUUCAGGAACACCAUCUGGGGCCACCUUGAAUUGCCAGUAAGUCGUGCUAAUGAGGAGCUUGUAUGCAGAGUGGUCCGAGAAGCUUGUAAAUCUGCUCUUUCUGGAUACCAUACCACUAUUGAAGAGGAUGAAAAAUUAGAAGGGGCGGAUCUUAACCCAAGGCUUGAGAUUGCAGUGGGAAUAAGAGCAGGGGAAAAGAAGGUGCUGCAGCAAAUUGAUGAGAUUUUUAAGCAGAGGGAAUCAGAAUUGGAUGAGUUAGAAUAUUAUCAAGAAAGGAGGCUCAGAGAACUUGGUCUAAUUGGAGAGCAAGGUGAAAUUAUCUUCUGGGAAUCCAAAUAGAGAAUUGCAUCAAAUAUCAAAGAAUUUGAGAUCAUUAAUAAAAAAUAGAAAGAAUUUGAAACCAUUGCUAUGAGGGAGGAAAGCAAGGACAUCUGCGGUGGUAAACAGUCCUUUAUGAGUUGUUUGAAGAGAGGAAAUUAAGGACGCCCCUGGUAAACACCUUCAAUCAUGUAACAAGAGUUUUGCUUCAAAGUAAUGCUCAGGAUUAUUUUUCAUUGAUAUUCAAACCCCUAGAUCUAAGAUAGUUGCACGUUGAGCUAUCUAUUCUUGGAAACUGUUUGUUGUAACAUGGAUGGUAGCUGCUUGUGUACAGGAAGCAUGUUGGCAUUUUCAUGCUUUGGCCCGGGGUGGUCUUUUAUUAAUGGGUAAUUUAUUAUUUGGUCUCUGGAUUUUGACU